AUGGAGUGCGAAUGGUCGCCCGCGCUCGAGGACCCCAAGGCGUGCCCCAUGCCGCCCAAGCAGUUCACCGCCGAGAGUGCCUGGAAGGGAAAGACGACGGUCAUCGUCUCCGUCCCGGGCGCCUACACGCCCACCUGCCACGGCAACCACGCACCAGGCUUCGUCAGCAAAGCCAAGGAAUUUACCGAGAAGGGAGCUCAAGUCUACAUUGUUUCCUACAAUGAUCCCUUCGUCAUGAGCGGUUGGCGUUCGGCCUUGGGCGCCAAGGACGAGGUACACUUUGCCACCGAGUUCGACCUCGGUCUGUCCAAAUUCCUCGACGCGACGGUCGACAUGAGCAAGAUGGGUUUCGGAACGAGGGGAGCUCGAUACGCUCUCGUCGUGGACCCUGACCUCAAGAUCAAGAGCUUCGACAAGGAGGCUUCCCCCGGCGAGGUCGAUUCGUCCCACGUCGACGCCGUCCUCGGCAAGCUCUGA